AUGACAGGGGGAAAGACAGCCUGGCUUAUUUGCAUCUGUUUUUCACUGCUUCAAGGUUCUGUUGCAGCCUUGAACUGCACCAGCCCAACUCCUGAUGCCUUGUUUGAUGCUCUCAAGAAGGAACUGUUUUCUAGAAACCUACAGCGACCUGUAAAAAGCUUUUCAGAUACAUUGAACAUAUCCAUAUAUAUUGCUGUGUCAGGAAUAUUAGGAGUGGAUGAGCAAGCCCAGACUUUGACAGUAUUCUUAUGGCAAGUCAUGGAGUGGGACAUCGCGGGACUGAGCUGGGAUGAGAAGGAAUGUGGAACUACAAGAGUCUCUGUCCCUCGAGAAAAGCUUUGGAUGCCAGACAUCUUUAUCUCCGAGUUCAUGGAGGAGGACAAUUCUCCCAAAACUCCGUAUGUCUACUUAUACAACACUGGUCGUGUUUCUGAUGAUAAGCCGAUCAGAGUGGUCAGCUCCUGCAAAUUAGACAUCUACACUUUCCCUUUCGAUAUCCAAAACUGCUCUCUGACCUUUGGAUCCUAUCUACACAUUGCUGAAGAGAUCAGAGUGAAUCAAAGCCUCACAUAUGCAGAGGUCCAGGAGUCCAAACUGCUACAGAAUAAAGGGGAGUGGGAGCUUGUAGAUAUCGAAGCAGGUCAAACUAACCUGGAAGUACCUGAAGGAAGCUACUCUUCGGUUAAAUACUAUAUCAUUGUGAGACGUAGGCCACUCCUCUAUGUGGUGAACCUGCUGAUCCCCAGCUGCUUCCUCGUCACAGUGGACCUCUUCAGCUUCCUGCUGCCUCCUGAUAGUAUGGACCGUUCCUCCUUUAAGAUGACCCUCAUCCUGGGCUACACCGUGUUCCUCCUUAUCAUGAACAACCUGCUUCCUGUCCCUGGGGAGACAACACCUCUCAUCAACGUUUUCUUCAGCAUCACUCUCACUCUGAUGGUGACCAGCCUGUUGGAGACCGUGUUGAUCACUAAUAUCCAGUUCAGCUCCGGCAAGUACGGUGCGGUGCCUCCAUGGCUCAGUGUCCUCGUGCUAGAAUAUCUAGCUGUUGCUGUUGGUCUCCCUCCAAAAAAGAAGAGCAACUGCAUCACAGUCUCCCUUCAUUCACCUGCUGAAGCAAUGAAUACCAGCACAAUCUCUUCAAGAGAUCUUCAGAGCGACUCUGACGCUAAACCUCCAGUGAAACCUCUUCUGGAACCGACCCUGGAUGAGCUGAGGAAGCUGAGUAGAGAUCUCACGGCCAUCCGCCUCCAGAUGGACACACACUUCCAGGGGAGCAAAACCAAACAAGAAUGGCAACUGGUCGGGAUAGUCAUUGACCGUCUGCUGUUCUUUUUUUACAUUGUCUUCAUCAGUGUCUCCUUUAUCACCAUCAUAUGUAUCUGGGAUACCGCGGAAGUAUAA